GCCAAACCCUUCUUCCGACAACCCUGACAUAUUCCGCCAUGCCGCCCCACUCGCCCACCAUUUUCAUCCUUUUCUGCCUUUCUUAUAUUAUUACCAAAUCAAAGCUCGGGAUGAAGUUUCAGUUGAACUAUCUUAUAAGCCCACUUGGUCUUCAUUUAUUAUCCAUUCAUAUCUCUCCACAAUCUACAUCAUCUUAUUUAUAUAUGUGGCUUCUUGUGGUAGUUUGAUCGAUCACAAAAUUCGCUUAUUUCCCUUCAAAAAGAUUUUGUGCUUUGUGUAAGUAAGAGCUAACUAGGGUUUUGCAAGAUGGUUUCCCUCAUUUCUCGUACAGGAAGACAUUUGCAGAGGUACAAUGAAAACGGCCGUCGACUCGUUGUUGGCUGCAUCCCAUAUAGAUUCAAGGAAGACGACACUAAUAAUGGAAGGGCACAUCAUGAUCAAGUAGAGGUUCUUGUCAUCAGUUCACAAAAGGGCCAAGAAAUGAUGUUCCCCAAGGGAGGUUGGGAACUUGAUGAAUCUAUAGUGGAAGCUGCAUCUCGGGAAUCGCUCGAAGAAGCUGGAGUGGUGGGUAAUGUUGAGCAACAAUUAGGUAUAUGGAGAUUUAAGAGCAAAAGCCUGGAGAUAUAUCACGAAGGCUACAUGUUUCCUUUGUUUGUUACUCAACAACUUGAGCUUUGGCCUGAACACAAUGUCCGCAAAAGGGAAUGGAUGACAAUAGCGGAAGCAAGAGAAGUAUGCAAACAUUGGUGGAUGAAAGAAGCAUUAGAUAAAUUAGUUACGAGGCUUUCUUCUGGAGAGGUUGAACAGGAGCAAACAACUUCCCGCUAAUGUCUAACUCUGUACCUUAGAAAUUAAUUAAUUUUCCCCCUUAAUUUCUUACUUCCACUUCAUUAGGUAUGACUUGUAAAUAGAAGGAUUCAGUACAUCCAAAGCAGUCCAAGCUAUAACCAAAGAAGGGUUGUUAAAAGGACUUAAUUUUUGAAUCCUCACAAAGAAAUUUCAGUGUUUAUAUAUUUU